CUAUAUCAAAGUUUUAUUCUCCUUCUCUUUAUAUAUCCUCUACAAGCUAUAUCCAACGUAUACAUGGAUUCUUCCAUGAAAGACCAAGAAAUAUUAAAAAUCAAGAAACGAGGUCACCAAGAUCUUGAGUUAGGUUUGACACUUUUGCCACAUGGUAAGACUUCAGCAGAGCUCAAUCUCCUCGAUUCUUUCAAAACGAGCUCAUCAUCGACUUCUCAUCAUCAAGAACAUUUGGAUGAUCCGAGAGUGUUUUCCUGCAACUACUGUCAAAGAAAGUUCUAUAGCUCACAAGCCCUAGGCGGCCACCAAAACGCUCAUAAACGCGAACGUACCUUAGCCAAACGCGGACACUACUACAAGAUGAGUCUCUCCUCCUCUCCUUCUUCAGCGUUUGCGUUUGGCCACGGUUCAGUCAGCAGAUUCGCGAGCAUGGCAUCAUUACCGUUACAUGGCUCGGCGAGUAACAGAUCAACGCUAGGGAUUCAAGCUCAUUCAACGAUCCAUAAUCCCUUUCAAAUAAGACAAGCAGCGACUUUAAGCCAUGUUUUCAAACAGAGCAUUCACCAGAAACCGCCCAGCAGUAACAUUGGAUAUUUCAAGAGCAAGCAAGAAGAUCAUAAUCAGUUUAAGAAGAUUGACUUGACUCUGAAGUUAUGAUCUCUUAAUUGUCAUCUUCUUUUUAGUCUUUAUUGUAUUAACUUUUUCGUUUUUGCUAUCUUUUGAUUAUUAAUUACCUUUGUUUGCUAUAAUGAUUGACUGCAAGAUCUGUUACUUUCAUCAAUUAAGCCCUACUUUAAUUUUUUCCUUGAUAUAUUGUUGUGUACUUCAAUAUUUGAGGUCUGUUUUAAGCCUAUGCUGUACAAUAC